AUGGCCGCGCCCGUCAGCUUGAAGGAUCUCACGAUCGAUAACAUCACAGAGAAUGUGCACGCUAUCAACUCUCAAUGCAGCAAUCUGCGAUUGAAGUACAUAUUGGAACGGGUGGUUACACACAUGCACGACCUGGCCAGGGAAACCAGACUUACCACUGAUGAAUGGAUGAUCGCCAUUCAAUUCCUGACUCAAGUCGGUCAGAUCUCAUCAGACGUUCGACAAGAAUUCAUCCUACUCUCCGACAUUCUCGGCCUUUCUCUGUUGGUGGACUCGAUCGAUCAUCCAAAACCUCAAGGCAGCACUGAAGGCACCGUUCUGGGACCCUUCCACACUCUGGAAGCUGAGCACAUGACGGAGGGCGACCUGAUCUCCCACGACCCAGAUGGUGAACCUCUUCUCGUCCUGUGCACUGUUAAGGAUAUCCACGGAUCCCCAAUCUCAGGAUCCAAAAUCGAUGUUUGGGAGACUGACUCGAAAGGAUUUUAUGACGUUCAACACGCUGACAGAGACGGUCCCGAUGGCAGAGCAGUGUUGACAAGCGAUGAGAACGGCAACUUCUGGUUCAAAGCCAUCGUCCCAGUGCCAUAUCCUAUUCCCCAUGAUGGGCCAGUAGGAAAGCUUCUCAAAGUCCUUGGCCGUCAUCCAUACAGGCCUAGUCACAUGCACUUUAUGUUCAAAAAAGACGGAUACGAUCCUCUGAUCACCGCGCUUUACCUCAAAGACGAUCCUUAUGAGUCUACCGAUGCCGUAUUUGGCGUUAAGGAUUCUCUUGUCGUCAAGCUCCAGAAGGUUACUGACGAGGAGAUGGCUAAGAAAUAUGGCGUUGAAUUGGGCUCCGCAUUGCUUACGUAUGACUUUGUUCUCGUCACAGAUACAGCAGCGGCAAAGCUCCGUAGAGAAAAGGCCGAGGAAGCCAUGGCUGGUUUGGGUCGCAAGUUCAGGUUUAUCGAUGACUUGCCGGUUCCAGAUGUGGAUUGA